AUGACAUCGCCCGGAGAUGCUACUCCGGUCAAACCUCCGCCGUCCUUCUCCCCCGGCGUUGCUCGAGUCGCAUCCCCAUCACGAUACCCGGAGGAGCAUGAAUCAACUCAGUCUAUAGAUGUCCAACUGGCUGAGACCCAGUCAACCUCAUCAUCAACCCCUCCUCUCUCAGCCACGAUUUCCGACUUACCAAUCCGCUCCGGUUCGCCGCACUCGCGUUCUGGGAGAUCCUCCACCCCGCAAUUAGCCAGGUCAUCCAUCGGUUCGCCUUUCGAUGGACGGGCAGAUGGUUCGGAAGAUAUAAGAUCGUUGAUCAUUCGGUCCUUUUCACCUACGAUCGCUGUACAUGCAUCCGAGGACACUGAUGACUUGGUCAAGAACAAAGGGUUUCAGGGGGGAUUUUGGGAGUUGAUACGGCCGUUUGGAGAGACUGUUUCCGGCAAGGUGGUAAUAAGGGAUAGCAUAGGCUCAAGCCGUGCUUGGGAAGACUAUGGGGUGCGCUUUGUUAAUUUCAAGGGGAUCGGCAAGACCACGCCAAGCCGAGAUUCCGGGCCGCUGGCGCAGAUAGAGGAGGUACUCACGAAGCAGCUGGAUUCUACAGAGGGGCUCAUGGGUGCAUCAAUACGCACAAAGGAUGUAUUGGGAUUCCCUAGCGCAACCCCCUUGUUCAAGUCGUACCUGCAACAACUUCUGUGCGCCUCACCCGCUGCGCCUCAUGAGACAUUCGGCCAUCCCGUAGCCAAUGUCAUAGCCAUCAGCUCUCGCAAUCCAGCUCCACUGGAAACACUACGGCAGCUAUAUGCGGAUAGUACGACUGGUGAUAGGCACCUGCCCGGCUGGGUCCACCAAGAGUAUCUUCGGUAUUACGUGCUGGUCCACGAUGAGGAACGAGAUGAUAUCACAGAGUCUAUCAAGCUUUACGACCAGAUGAAGCGACACUUUGGGUUACAUUGUCAUCUUCUAAGGCUUCGGAGCAGUCAAUGUGUCGUGACAGAUGACGAUAGUGUACAAGUUCCCCGAUGCGAAUGGCUCUCGCCUUCAGAGCAUUUGUCGGGGGCUGGUGAAGCAGGCAAGUCUUUUCCAGGAUACAGUCAGAACUCCGCUAACUUUCAUUCAGAAACGUUGGUUGACCUCGGCACCGAUGGCACGCCAUACCUCUUUGAUUCCGAUGCAACUGCGAUUAGGACUUUCAUUCGGGAGCUAGUUGUGCAGUCUGUGAUCCCAUUCAUGGAAAACAAGGUUGCUGUUUGGAAUGACCAAGUUGCAUCGCGGAGGCGUGGUAUCAGUGGGAGGUUCAUCUCAAUGUCAAAGCGAUGGGCUUUCGGGUCAAGUUCGCGUUCAAGCAUGGGCUCGUCAAGUGGCGGAAACUAUGAUUCAACGCAGCAUUUCUACACUCCGGAUUCCCCGGAGGCUGUUUUGCGCAAAAUGGCGGACUUUGCAUUCAUGCUUCGCGACUGGAAACUUUCAACGUCUACAUAUGAAAUGAUUCGAUCAGACUUUGGAAACGACAAAGCGUGGAAAUACCAUGCUGGUGCCCACGAAAUGUGCGCUGUCAGCAUGCUUCUCAAUCCACUGGCCACUUCUGCUAAGAUCAAGCUUGAUAGCGUGGAUCAGUUAUUCGAGACUGCCUGUUACUCGUAUCUUACACGUUGUUCCGACGCGCCACAUGCACUGCGUUGUCUUUCCCUAGCUGUCGAGCUUCUCAAAUCUCGCGGCGGUUCAGCUACCGAGAGUGCAGCCAAAUGGGCCAUGCGGGUCAUGGACUUUGGGCUGGUUGGCUCUGUGGGUCAGAUCCUGUACACCGAAAGAGUAGCAGCUUGCUACGCAUCAAAGACACCAAUUGGUGCUGCGAAAUGGGGUGGGCGUCGUCGCAAAGCCGGAAUGUGGAGUACGCUGGCUGCAGAUCAAUGGCUCAAGGCGGGCAAGCCAACACUUGCUUCAGCCUGCCUCGAAGAAGCUGAACGUCUCUACGCUGACGUAUUGGAGGCAGACGGUGUAUUCCCAAUGCCUGAGAUGCAAAACUUCGUUGACAAUCUGCGCCAUGCUGUCAAAGUUGAAUAUCUUGAGGCUAGAGGAUAUGACUCUAGAGAUAAAUCUCCCACUGAAGACCCCCUUGAUACUGAAGAGACCAGCGAAAAGCUUGACAAACGCAACCAUCGCCGUUCUCUGAUUGGACUCCCUGUGCAGCUGGAUGCCGGAGCCCUCAAUCCGCAGGAGCCUCGGAUCCCUGAGAACCCGAAUGAUGACUUUGAACGAGCUUAA